AUGUCGCUAGACUACUUCGGUCAGCAACUAGCGACCGAAUCAGAUGAACAAGGUGAACAGUACCACCAAAUUGCAAUGCCAUUUGAAAUGAGCAACAUUAAAGAAAACCCUUUUUACCAUAUUAAUUUAUAUAUUUAUAUUUUAUAUAUAUCGCUGUUUAAACAAAAUUUUCAUUUCCUUUUUUGUCUUUCUUGUGUACUUACAGAUAUAACCAAUUCUCUAACCAUGACGGAGGUGAAAAUACCCAAUCAUAUAAUGCGCUUUAAAAGUGCCAUUUUAGGUUGUCGUUACAGUCUCGAUGGAGAGUCUUUGUAUUCGGUGAAAUGGUAUAAAGACGGUCAUGAAUUUUAUCGUUAUGUGCCACGAAAUAAACCACCGGGACAGGCAUUUCCUUUGCCGGGUAUCAAUGUUGAUUUACGCAAUUCCUCAGAUACACAAGUGGCUCUAAGACGUGUCACGCUACAGUCAACUGGCGUUUACAAAUGUGAAGUAUCUGGUGAAGCACCCGCAUUUAAUACAGUUUCUGAAUCAGAAACUAUGACAGUCGUAAUGACUCCCUCACGUGGCCCUCGUAUUAUAGGUGGCCAACAGCGUUACCAAAUUGGUGAUUACGUGCGUGUCAACUGUUCUUCCUAUCCCUCCAAGCCAGUGUGUCAUUUAAGUUGGAGUAUAAAUGGUGAACCUGCCAAUAGAUCAUAUUUAAAAUCUUACGACAACAUUAUCUUUGGCAGAGAAGGUCUGGAAGUGGCGGUACUGGGUCUGGAAUUUAAAGUAAGAAACUAUCACUUUAAAAAUGGUGAUAUGAAAUUAAAGUGUGUGGCUAAGAUAUCCUCGCUAUAUUUUCAAAGCCGUGAGGAAAGUGUAGAGUCAGAUCGUCCGCAAAAAGCACCCGUGCUAGAGUCCCGGGAAACUGUAGCAGCCAAAUCAAGAGCACAUGGUACAUCUAAUUACGGAAGUAUACAUCAUUAUAAUGGUAUUUCAGUUAAUUACCUACUAACAUUAUUAUGCUGCCUUUGCCUCUCAACACUUGCAACCUCAACAGCAACAGUUACAACAAAAUCAACAAGAACAACAUCAUCUGCAACAUUAACACAAACACCAACAACAAUGGCAAUUGCUAGACUUAAUACUAGUAGUAGCAGCAGCAGCAACACCACCGGCAGUAGUUUUUGUAUGUUCAAGUUAAUACAUCAUUUAGUAUUCAGAUAA